AGGUUCCCCAAGGACGUGAGAACGUAUGGGAUAGACAGACAGUUCCUAUGGGGGAAGAGUUUGAUGGUGACACCAGUAUUAGAUCCAGGUGUGGACUAUGUUGUGGGCUACUUCCCUCAGGGUCUCUGGUACGACUACUACACGGGUGAUUCUAUCCGUAGUAAAGGAGAAGAGUUGAGGCUCAAGGCUCCUCUAGAGCAUAUCAACCUUCACCUGAGAGAAGGAGCUGUCAUACCUACACAGCGUCCCAACACAACCCUGUUUGUGAGCAGUGGUCAGCCGCUCCACCUCGUGUCCAGUCUGUCUGAAGACGGCUCGGCUGGAGGAGAGCUGUUCUGGGACGACGGAGAGAGCAUCGACACCUUUGAGACAGACCAGUACGCUCACGUAGUGUUCACUGUGGUGAAGAACACGAUGACAUCGGAGGUGCUGCGACCACGUGGAGGCUUCCUACAUCACCGUGGAAACAGCCUCCUUCUAUGGCGUGAAGGUGGAGCCUACCAGGGUUACGGUCAACUCCCAUGA